AUGCAGCUGAGAUGUGAGUUUUUUGCUCGGAAAACCCAGAAUAUAGACCAGGCCAUACAGUCUGGAGAUGUGAAUGGGACCAUACAAUACUGUGCAAAAAAACAGUGUUGUGUGGGCAUCUUUGAGCUAAUUGAUGGUCACUUCAGACCUGAUCUGCUUGGAUGCAGCCUGUUUGAGACACCCUGUCCUGACACCACAUGUUCGGCAUCUACACAUGUUGAUAACUACAAAAAAUGUCUGUGCAGCUCAGACUUUUGCAACACUAACAUUACGUGGAGCUCCGAGACGAAGCAGUCACAACCGCCCAACCCUCUGAGUAAUGGCAAAGUUGGGUUGAGUGACACUGCAGUUAUCCUCUUCAUCAUCCUCGGCAUCUGGAUGAUCUUGGUUUUGCUUGUUAUGGGAUACAAGCUGAUGCCUCAUCUGAGGCGAUGUGGAGAGAAGGCAGCUUCUUCAAAUAAAGGAUGGACCUCUCAAUGUUCCGGUUAUAUCUCAGCAAUGUCAGACAUUGAUAUGGAAAACAUGAAGUUACAAAAGGUUGUAGCUUGUGGGCGUUACGGCAUCGUGUGGCAAGGAAGUUACCAGGGAAAUGUGGUUGCCUUUAAACUUUUUCCUGUGAAAAACCAUCAUGAGUUCACCAGAGAGAGAGCGAUAUAUGCACUUCCUCUCAUGCUGCAUGCUGGGAUUGCGCACUGUCUUGGUGCAGGAAGAGCAGCGAGUGGGGAACCUGUGCUAGUGUUGAAGCUGGCUUCACAUGGUUCACUAAAUUCUUACCUGUCCAAAACUAUAAUUACCUGGAGGGAUGCUGUGAGACUCUCAAAGUCUUUGGCGGAAGGACUUGCCUAUCUUCAUUCUGACUUGUAUUCUAAUGGGGUGCACAAACCAGCGGUGGCUCACAGAGACCUCAGCAGCAGCAAUGUGCUGGUGCACGCUGAUGGCAUGUGUUCCCUGUGUGACUUCAACUGUGCCACCGUCCUGCGCUCCUGCGGUGGCCUCGGACAGUGGCAGUGCCAGUCCAGCACCUCUCAGGACCCCGUUCAAUUGGGGACUCUGUGCUACAUGUCUCCAGAGAUCCUGGACCGAUCUGUGGAUCUGAGUAGUGGCUACUGCCUGCUUCAGGGAGAUGUGUAUGCCCUGGGACUGUUGCUGUGGGAGAUGUGGAUGCGCUGCUCAGACCUGUUUCUUGACCUAGCCGUUCCGGAGCACCAACUGCCUUAUGAAGCAGAGCUAGGACCCAAACCCACUCUGGAGCAGUUGUUUGUCUUUGUGUCUGAGACGAGAGGGAGACCUGUUAUUCCAUCAACUUGGUCUAAAGUUCCUCAGACCAAUAACUUUUCCUUGCAAGAAAUACUGGAGGACUGCUGGGACCAUGACCCUGAUGCUCGACUGACUGCACACUGUGCUGCCAUCAGAAUGGCCUCCUUACCUACUGAAUACUCCCUCUAGUGGGGGGAACAUUUCUCAGGCAUAUUACUACUGGAUCAUAACUUGAUCUCUAUACCCUGAAUUGCCAGUGAACUGUUUACUACCAUAGGCAAUAAUGUGUGUGUCUGUCCGAUCCGGUGUAGGUUGCUUGUUAAUGUCGGAUGGCUGCCGGUUGUCGUUUUCCCGGUAUUCCUGUUUUUAGACCCUUGUAGUUCCGCCAUGCUCCACCAGAGGCGUUUCCCCAUUGAAAUGAAUGGGGGACUGUUCAGGCGUUUACAUCACUGCCUCCUGGUGAGCAAGCCCACUCUUGCAGCUCCUCCACAGAGAUGCACAUUUCUAGUUUCAACAAGUCUCUUGACCAUAUAGCUAUCAUGAAACCACUGGCAUUAGAUUAAAUGUUUUACGAUAGUAGUUUAUAUCUUCCAUACAUUAUUUUACAUUGCACUGAAAACACUUGUGUAACUCGUUAAACUGCGUAUGUUAAGUUAACCAGAUAUAUGCAAAUAUAGAGAGUUUUGAGGAGGAGGAGAUCCAAAAUCCCUCUCAAACCUCUAUAAUGGCCCACAGCCAUAACAUGUUAUUAUGAAGUAAGGAUAACAACUAAUAACCUCAUAAACAGCUCAAUAACCUCAUAAAAUAAAAUCUCUGUUGAUCCUGCAUUUUCUCCUUCAGACGACGUGAAGGUGAAUAUGAUGUGCUUCCUGCUGCUUUUCCUUCAGCUGAUGAAGACUUACUUUUUAAGUAGUAAAAGAAAUUCACACAAAUCCCUUAACCAAUCAUACCACUGGAAAGCUUAUGACUUGACUUUUAUGAGGAAGUUUUCAAUGACCAAAUUAGUUGAGUCAUGGCGGAGUUAUUUGACUAACAGAUAGGCCUAACAGCUGUAGCCUAAGCUAACCAGCCAUUUCUCUCAGGGACCAGAGGAGAUCACUCUUAUGACGUCAACUGACUCGUUUGGGGGGAGGGAGAGUUUUAAGUGAGUGCUGAAAAUAACAAACUUUUUCAUCUUAUUUUCUGCCUUUAGGUAUUGACAAACAUUCAAAACAAUACAUCAACUUGUCAAACGUGUAUUUCCCCUAUAUAAUUUGUGUUAAUUAUAAUUACAAAUUUAACUUGACAUCUGGGCUUUAACACAUAUUGCCCUGAGCUUUUGGGAGUGUUCGGGAUAUACAGUGGCCAUUAUUUCCACGAGUAGCCUGCCAUUUACAACUACAGAUCAACAAUGACUGGUCUCUCAUAUGCUCUGUCUUUUUUUCUUUUUACACUUUCACAAUGUAAUUUUGCUAUAGUUAAGCAGACCAGUUGAAGCUGGUUAUUGUGGUGUAGUUGUCUGUUCAUGGU